CCACUCCCGAUGACCCGAUCCCGAGCGAUUGAUUCGAUUCCCCAAUCGAAAUCGAAUCGCCGGCCCCCUCAAACCCUAGCUAGCUAUCUUCUGCCGCCGGCGACGUCGAUCGCCGUCGAUCAUCUCACACCUUCUUCUUCUUCUUCCUCCCUGGUGGCAAGAUGCUGGGCGAGACCCAGCUGCCCGUGCCGGUGCAGAUCGGUCGGAAGCGGCGCUGGAACAAGGACGCCGCCGCCGCCGCCGCCAGCGACGAAGAAGCCAGCGAUGUUAGCCCCAAGGAGGAGCAAGCCCCUAUGGACAUCGCAGCUAGCCCAACCCGCGACAAGGAGGAGGAGGAGGAGGAGAUGGGUGUUCCGGCCUGCGAGAUGGGUGAGCACCCCCCUACGGAGAUCGGCAGUUCUUCGAUCGCCUCAGAUGUGGAGGAGGAGGAAGUGACCGAGGAGCCUGAGAUUCCAAUGUGGGACAGCGAUGACGAUGGUGGAGUUAUGCGCAUGACCAAGGCCGAGCUCCAGGAGCUUCACAUUGCCUGCGUCAAAGGCUUCACCGAGUUGGAUCCCAGGAAGAAUCUUUGGGUCCACACCCGCUUCUGCAGCUUCAAUAUAGGGGGCUUCGACCUCGAUAGAGAGUCUAAGUUUGGCCUUGGGCCGCCGCUUUAUGACAAUCUAACUCCCAAGUUGGAGAGGUGCAUGGUGUCGUUUGCUGUCAAUGUCAUUUCCGUCAAAGUAACCGAAUCCGACCGGGGUUAUCCAAUCAGCGUAUAUGGCACUGUUGUUGCAAGGGAUACGAUUGACUACAGAUGUGUCUAUCUCUUCAGACGUGCAAGGGAAGAUCCCCAGAUCAUCAACUCCAAGGAUGAUAUGCUAAAAUUGAUAGGUCCACGGCGAGGAUUAGUUCAGUUAGAUAAUAUUUAUUUUGAGUUAAAUCUGAGGGUGAAGGGUGAUGCUGGCGACGAAGAUUUUAGCAAAGGUGUGGUAGUGCUCCAUGUUGGUCCCUAUGAUCCUGAACCAAUCACAAGGGUGCUGAGCAGUUGGCUAAGCAGAGUGGAGUUGGUGCUUGCAACUGUUGAAAGUCCAGUGGCAGCUAGCCUUGAAGUCAAAGUUUUGAAAGGAGCAGCACCUUUCAGUGGCAAAAUAUGUGCUGGGACUAGUGAAAACCCGAGGACUCAGAUGAUUGUGUAUGAUAGCAGAGAUACGAAGAGCGGCUCCUCUGUUGUGUUAACUCGCAACCUCGUAGCUGUCCCUGACCCGGAUGACGACGAAGAUGAAAUUGGUGCCUAUGUUCGCUUCCUUGAUGAUGGCGAUGACGUCGAUGAUGAGGAUGCAGGCACCUUGGUCAAGCUAGCAUACCCUGCUGAAGAGCAAGUCUGCUGUCACAGCGCCUGGGAGCUGCAAGUGAAGGUUUCCUGGACUGCCAUCCUGUGCAAACCAAUGGCAAAACAUGUCUUAACAAGAGGGACCAGUAUGCCCAAGGAUUAUACCUGCCCUAGGUAUGCGCCUCGGUUCUGAUUGGUCGUGCUCUAGAAUUUCUGUUCAUGCCCGUAGUACAUGUAAGAAGAAUUGUGCCUGUGCUGUUGUUUUACCCGUGGAUGGUAAUGGAGGGAUGUAAUGAACCAACCGUGUCUUGUCUCUCUAUUUAUGAAUAAAUUGGCAUGCCAUGCGCCCUGUUGUUGUGUUGCUUAGUCAACACAAUCAUACAAAAA